UGCCACCGCCGCCGCCCCUUGCUGCGAUCGCGACCGCCGGCAUGGCCCUGGUGCUGAGCUUCGUGGUCCUGUGCGGUGUCGCGGAUUUUGCCAGAAGUCUACAAAUUACGACCCCCGAACAGAUGAUUGAAAAGGCUAAAGGAGAGACUGCCUACCUGCCUUGCAAAUUCACCCUUAGUCCAGAAGACCAGGGCCCUCUGGACAUUGAGUGGCUGAUAUCACCUGCUGAUAAUCAGCUUGUGGAUCAAGUGAUUAUUUUAUAUUCUGGGGAUAAAGUCUAUGAAGACUACUAUAAAGACCUGAAAGGACGAGUACACUUUACAAGCAAUGACCUUAAAUCUGGUGAUGCAUCGAUAAAUGUUACAAAUCUGCAGCUGUCAGAUAUUGGCACCUAUCAGUGCAAAGUGAAAAAAGCCCCCGGUGUUGGAAAUAGGAAGUUUCAACUCACAGUUCUUGUGAAGCCUUCAGGUACGAGAUGUUCCGUUGAUGGGUCAGAAGAAAUUGGAAAUGACUUUAAAUUGAAGUGUGAACCAAAAGAAGGCUCUCUUCCAUUGAGAUAUGAAUGGCAGAAGCUGUCUAAUUCUCAGAAACUGCCCACUUCGUGGUUAGCAGAGAUGAAUUCACCAGUUAUCUCCGUGAGAAAUGCCACCACCGAGUACUCAGGGGUGUACAGUUGUACGGUCAAGAACAGAGUGGGCUCUGAUCAGUGCAUGCUUCGCCUAGAUGUGGUUCCUCCUUCAAAUAGAGCUGGAACAAUCGCUGGAGCUGUUAUAGGAAUUUUGCUUGCGCUUGUGCUCAUUAGUCUGGUCAUCUUUUGCUGUCGUAAAAAGCGCCGAGAAGAAAAAUAUGAAAAGGAAGUUCAUCAUGAUAUUAGGGAAGAUGUCCCCCCUCCAAAGAGCCGCACGUCCACAGCCAGAAGCUACAUUGGCAGCAAUCACUCCUCUCUGGGAUCUAUGUCUCCUUCCAACAUGGAAGGUUAUUCCAAGACUCAGUACAACCAAGUACCAAGCGAAGACUUGGAACGCGCUACUCAGAGUCCAACUCUCCCACUAGCUAAGGUAGCUGCCCCGAAUCUGAGCAGGAUGGGAGCUGUGCCCGUGAUGAUUCCAGCACAGAGCAAGGACGGGUCCAUAGUAUAGAGCCUCCUCACCUUCGUCUCUCUUCUCCGCCUUUCUCUUCCUUCUUUUGAACUAGGAAAUUUCUUCUGUUCUAAAGUUUGUGAUUAGCCUCAAAGUUUAUAUAAAAGCAAAAGAAAUUAACGGCAACUGUAAAAGAAACAACUGUCAAA